UGGUAUUUUAUGUGGAUAUCCCCAACGGGCACACUACAAAUAAUACAAUAUUUUCCGUAGGAGUUCUUUGGAUUUAUGUACGUUUAUUUAGUUUUUAAAACAUGUCACUUGGCAAUGCCGAUCCCUGGCACUUAAAAGACACUGUAGUUGAACAAGGAAUCCCCGUGUCAGCGAAUAAUAGCGAAAGUUUUGAGGACAACUUCACGCCCCCGCCCUCUGGAAACGAGAGCAACGUCCAAAAGGACGGGCAAAUCGAGCCCCUGCCGGAUUCCAGCGACUAUUUAAAGCUACUAGAGCGGAAGCUGGCCAGGGUGCAAAAGGGCAACAAGUUGUUGGACAACCUCCGAGACAAGCGGCAGGAUUGCAUGCGCGGAUUGCUGUCUUCGGAGGGAGUGCCCAUUUCCAUAUUCGAGCAGUUCCUCGAGCUAGACGCGCCCAUCGAAAGCGGUCGCCUCCAUCGGCAUCUGCUGCCCGUUCAGGCCGUAAACGUGGGCGAAACUUUCCACAUCGUGGAGCACGACGCUCUGCAGCAGUCGGCAGAGGAAGCACAGGUGGAGGAGGAGGAUCAGCCGCCGACUAAACAAUAACAAAAUCACAAUGGAUUCCACGUUCGGUAAAGUCUUCAUGUUUCUCACGGACCUCGCUUGGAAAAGUCGUCUCACUAUCCCUAUCAUGGUCACAACUGCAUUUCUCGUGAUGGACAUCCGUCUGCAGAUUGAGAUCCACAUUCAGUCCGGGCAAUUUAACGCCAGCGAUCUGGAUGAUGUUCAGGAAGGCCUCGACGAUCAGCUUGGGCUGAACGAUCACGGGUCGGACGACGAGAGCGGCAGUGACAGCUAUACAGAUGAGGAGUACACAAACGACGAUGGAAACAGUGAAGCGUCCCACUACAGCGUGGACAUUUACGACCCCUGGGGGUCAGAAGACGAGGUGGACGCCAACUAUUCGCAAGAGAUGCGGUUCUAAGACACAAAAUAAAUUCUAGCUUUAUUUUAUGUACAUUCAGUAAUGUCGAUAAUAUUUAUCUCAUACAGUCAUAAUUAAACAAAAUAGUUAAGUGCAA